AUGUCUGAAAUGCAAGAAAACCCCACUCCUGCUGACCAAUCCUCACCAGCUAUCACAUCGACCAUGUCUGAUGUGAAGGAAACCCCAACCGCUCCUGACCAAUCCUCAUCAGCUAUCCCCUCGGUCACGUUUGAUGUGAUAAGAACCAUUCCUGACCUCGACAAAUCUCCACUCUCGAUCGCCCAUACCCCCAAAGAGAUGAGGCGACCUCCCCCCAUCGACACCACACGUAACUCGACCAUCGACAUCGCAAAGAUCACCCCACCAGGUCAAACCGACAAGUUCCCCAAGGAAGCUCUAGGUACAUAUACGCCCAAAAACGCACCCGUAACAGACGCCAUGAUCGAACGCACAUACCAAAGCAUUCUACGCGGGGACUUCGGCAUCGAUCUCAACACGUUCAAGCCCGACGAGAACGACCCGGAUUACGAUGUACGAAGGCACUUGUCGUUGGUGCAGCUGGCGCUAUUGGCCACGAUGCAGGACGAUCACCAGGAUAGGAUCAUCGAGGCCAUCCGCGAUGAUGCUGAUGGUAGCAUCUUCUGGAAGGGAGCUGGUAGUGAGGAUGUCGGGAUCGGAUGGCGGAAAGAUGAUGAGGAGUUCAAGGCUGAGAUCUGUAGGCAGCGUUGA